AAUGCUAAUAGAAACUACUCAUUAGGAUAUUAUUCAUGAUAUAGCUUUUAAUUUUGAUGGAAAUCGAUUUGCAACAGCUUCAAGUGAUCAAACAAUGAGAGUUUACAAUAAAGUGAAUGGGUAAAUUAAUGAAAUUAAUCUUAUUUAAUAGGAAAUGGGAAAAGAGUGCUGAAUGUAAAUGUCAUGAUGGUCCAAUUUGGAAGAUUAGAUGGGCAGAUCCUAAAUUUGGAUCAUUGAUAGCUACUUGUAGUUAAGACAAAGGUGUAUGGGUAUGGGAAGAAAAGAAAUACUUACAAGAAAGUCCAUCAGGAUAGAAAUAAAUAAUUAUAUAAUGGAAAUAGAGAAUAUUAAUUUUAGAGAGUAAGGAAGCUGUAGCUGACAUAUAAUUUGGUUCAAAAUCAAAUGGUUUAUUAUUGGCAAUAGCAUAUGUUGAUGGAAAAUUAUAAAUUCAUAGAGUUUAUGAGUAGAAUUAAUUCAUAAAAGAAGGUGAAGAUAUAUAAAUAAUGGUAUAUGGAUUAAGAGCAAUAUCUUGGAAUCAUGCUCCAUUAGAAAGAGAGAUGUUGGUUGCUGCAGGUAAUGCAGAAUAAUAAAAAUAUCUAAGUAAAAUAAAAAUGGAUCAUUUUAAUGGAGUAAAAACUAUGGCAAUAUGGAUGUUAGAAUAUGAGAAUUAAAAAUUUGGAAUGAAAAAGAUUUAUGAAUUUGAUGAAGAGAAAACUAUAAAUGAUGUAAAAUGGGCUAAUUAAAAUGGAAAAAGUUUUCAUUUAAUUGCAUCUGCUAGUGCUGAAGGAGUUAAAAUAUGGUAAAUUAAAAUAGCAAAUGAGACUCAAGUAGAAAAAAUGAAAGUAUUUAAUAUUAAUAGAGAAACUAAACCAAAUUAUCAUGCUUAUAGAUUGUCUUGGAAUAUUUUGGCUAAUCUUUUAGCAGUGUCUUGUGAAAGUAAAAAAAUGGAUGAAAAUUAAGCAUUUAUUACUUCAAGAGAAGUCAGAAUUUAUUAAAAUUAGAAUGGAAGUUGGGUUGCUAAAGGUAUUAUAUAAGAAGCUAAUUUCAUAAGAGAAAGUAUGUACCUUCAAAAUUUUACAAGUAGUGGAUUGA